AUGCAGCACAUCCACAGCAGUUCUGGGCCUGACUGUAGAGUAGGAAGUGAACAUGCAGUCAUACAAGCUGAAAACAUUUUCAAGAGAUCUUCUCAGAGGCGAUACUCUCAGCUGAAAACUGAAAAAGAUAAAACUUUCCAUAAAAUGAGGCAAAAACGUGCAUUCCUAGAACACUUUAGGAGAAAGCUGGACUCGAGCUACUCUAUGGAAGGGGAUAGAAACUAUACCUCAGUUGUUGUUUUCAUUUUCCUGGGACUCACAGAUGAAAAAGACUUGCAACUGCUUCUCUUUCCAGUCUUCCUAGGGAUCUAUCUCGGGACCUUAUUGUGGAACCUGGGUAUCAUCAUCUUGAUCAGGAUGGAUUCCCACCUGCACACACCUAUGUACUUUUUUCUCAGCGUUUUGUCAUUUAUAGACAUCUGCUAUUCUUCUUCCAUCAGCCCACGUAUGCUUUCAGAUUUCUUCAAAGAUGAAAAAACAAUUUCUUUCAUUGAUUGCGCCACCCAAUACUUUUUUAUAUGUUGGAUGGGUCUCUCUGAAUGUUGCCUCUUGGCCACCAUGGCCUAUGAUCGAUAUGUCGCAAUUGGUAACCCUCUACAGUACUCAACAAUCAUGGCCCCUGAUUUUUGUCAGAAGAUGGCUGCUGGGGCUCUUGGAACUGGUUUUGUUUGUAGCUUACUUGAAAUAUCCUCAUGCUUUAGUCUCUACUACUGUGGACCAAACGUUAUUCAACAUUUCUUCUGUAAUAUACCCCAGAUUGUUACCUUGUCUUGCUCAGAUCCUUUCAUGACCCAAAUGAUCAUUUUCCUGGUAGCACUGUUUGUUGGGUUUGGUUCUUUGCUCAGUAUCCUGUUAUCCUAUAGUUUCAUUGCUGCUUCUAUCUUAAAAAUAUCCUCAGUGAAGGGUAGUGCCAAGGCCUUUAAUACCUGUGCCUCUCAUCUAGCUGUUGUGACCCUCUUCUAUGGCACAGCCCUCUCCGUGUACAUGAGUCCUACUUCUAGUCACCCUGAUAAGCAGGACAAGGUGAUGUCAGUAUUCUAUACUAUCAUUAUUCCCAUGUUAAAUCCUCUUAUCUAUAGUCUGAGGAAUAAGGAGAUCAAAGAGGCCCUGAGAAGAGUGAUGAAGAGGGCAAGACAUUAA